AUGAGCCGUCAUCCGCCAUCCAAUUACGGCGAUGAGCCGCCUGCGUACUUGGACCACGAUGCUUCCUCAUACCUCUCCGAUAACGAGUCUCCCAGCGGUGCGCCGCGACAAAAUGGCGCGACCAUGCGUCUGCUACCAACGAGUGGUGACAUCGAUGGGGAUCUGAGAGGUGGUCCUCGCGCGUCUUCGCCAUUGCAGUACCAACCAGCCUAUUCUGAUUCUACUCCGACUGGACAAGCACCUGCAUAUGACAACCGCUAUUACAAUGUCCCCAGCGUAACUUCACCAUCACGUCCACCUUCCAGCAUUGGAAACGCCCCCAGCAUCCCAGCACCUACCGCCAGUCUGGCAGAUACAUCAGUAUACCCGUCAAUUCCCCCACGAACAGGAUCACCCACCCGCCCUUGGAGUCCUGGUCACGUUCGCCCUCCCUCGGUAUCGAGUGUUGGAUAUGAGCGCGCCGAUAUCAAUGGUAGCCCACGCCCCGGGACACCCAGUUCAAGAUAUGGAGGAAGCCCCAGACGGCCUCUGCCUCCGGCUCCCUUGUUCUCUGGUCCGGCCCCGUCAUCGUCUUCAGGCAUAGACUCAAGCAUCGAUAUUGGAGAUGGCAUGGCUGGAGCGGACCCGUUCGGUGGAGGUGGCCGGACUAUCAACCACACAUCUCGCGGCAGCGUUCGAUCAUUCAUGAGCGAGUCGACGGUGAUGGGUGAUGAAAAGGACGAGAUGGCCAAGGUCGACUUGGAAGAAGACGACGAUGACGAGUCGAGCAUGAUUGAUCCCAAUUUGCACUAUGGACCUGCGCCCGAUAAGCAAGGUCGUCGUGGUGUUCGUGAUACUCAGAUGGCGAAGAAAGAGGUCCAGCUUAUCAACGGAGAGCUGAUCUUGGAGUGUAAAAUCCCUACGAUUCUGCACAGUUUCCUCCCCCGUCGAGACGAGCGUGAGUUUACUCACAUGCGGUACACGGCCGUGACCUCCGAUCCAGACGAAUUCACGUCUCGGGGAUACAAGCUGCGCCAGCAGAUUGGUAGCACUACACGUGAGACUGAGUUGUUUAUUUGCGUGACAAUGUACAACGAAGAUGAGAUCGGCUUCACCAGAACCAUGCACGGUAUCAUGCGCAACAUCAGCCACUUCUGUUCGCGUACCAAGUCCCGUACUUGGGGUAAGGAUGGGUGGAAGAAGAUUGUGGUCUGUAUCAUCUCCGAUGGUCGAAAGAAGGUGCACCCACGAACCUUGAAUGCGUUGGCCGCCUUGGGUGUGUAUCAGGAGGGUAUUGCGAAGAACAUUGUCAACCAGAAGGAGGUGCAAGCCCACGUGUACGAGUACACUACCCAGGUGUCACUUGACUCGGAUCUGAAGUUCAAGGGUGCCGAGAAGGGUAUCAUGCCUUGCCAAGUUAUCUUCUGUCUGAAGGAGCACAACCAGAAGAAGCUUAACUCGCACCGAUGGUUCUUCAAUGCAUUUGGUCGUGCCCUGCAGCCCAAUAUCUGUAUCCUGCUCGACGUUGGUACCAAGCCCGAGCCGACUGCCUUGUACCACCUGUGGAAGGCGUUUGACCAGGACUCCAACGUCGCUGGUGCUGCUGGUGAAAUUAAGGCUGGUAAGGGUAAGGGCAUGCUGGGUCUCUUCAAUCCGCUCAUUGCCAGUCAGAACUUCGAGUACAAGAUGUCCAACAUUCUGGACAAGCCCCUCGAAUCUGUAUUCGGCUACAUUACUGUGCUUCCAGGUGCGCUUAGUGCCUACCGCUUCUUCGCCCUACAGAAUGACGCCGACGGUCACGGUCCACUCAACCAAUACUUCAAGGGUGAGACACUGCACGGCCAGGAUGCAGACGUGUUCACUGCCAACAUGUACCUGGCUGAGGAUCGUAUUCUUUGCUGGGAGCUUGUCGCCAAGCGAGAAGAGAGAUGGGUUCUCAAGUUCGUCAAGAGUGCCGUUGGAGAGACUGAUGUGCCUGACUCGGUACCUGAGUUUAUCUCGCAGCGUCGUCGUUGGCUGAACGGUGCUUUCUUCGCGGCUGUGUACUCAAUCUUCAAUGCGAAGCAGAUCUGGAAGACGGAUCAUUCGCUGGCGAGAAAGAUCUUGCUACACAUUGAGUUUGUGUAUCAAUUCUUCAACCUGUUGUUUACCUACUUUGGUUUGGCGAACUUCUACCUUGCUUUUUACUUCAUCGCGGGCUCGCUCACUGAUGAAACGCUUGAUCCGUUCGGUCACAACAUGGGCAAGUACAUCUUUGUUGUGCUGCGCUACGCCUGUGUUCUGGUUAUGUGUCUGCAGUUUAUCAUCUCUCUGGGUAAUCGUCCUCAAGGUGCCAAAAAUCUUUACCUCUCUGGUAUCAUCGUCUACGCCAUCAUCAUGUUCUACACCGUCUUCUGCGCACUCUACCUCGUCGUUAUGGAGCUCAUGUCGCGAGCUGGUGUUGGCAAGUCUGACCUGGACGUCAGCAACUCGCUCUUGCUUAACAUUGUCAUGUCCAUGCUGUCCACUGUCGGCUUGUACUUCUACACAUCGUUCUUGUACCUCGACCCGUGGCACAUGUUCACUUCGUCUGCGCAAUACUUCUUGCUUAUGCCCAGUUAUAUCUGCACGUUGCAGGUAUACGCCUUCUGUAACACGCACGACGUGACAUGGGGAACUAAGGGUGACAACGUCAUCAACACAGAUCUCGGUGCUGCUAAGGUCAUCAACGGGUCUACUGUGGUUGUCGAAAUGCCCUCUGAGCAGCUGGAUAUUGAUAGCGGGUACGAUGCCGCACUGCGCAACCUCCGUGACCGUCUCGAAGUCCCCGAGACCCCUGUCUCCGAGGCCCAGAUGCAAGAGGACUAUUACCGCGCUGUCCGCACGUACAUGGUCUCUAUCUGGAUGGUUGCCAACGUCAUUCUCGGUAUGGCCGUGUCUGAGGUCUACGGUGUUGACUCGGGCGGUACGAACAUCUACCUCGCCAUAAUUCUGUGGUCUGUCGCUGUUUUGGCCGGUGUGCGCGCUAUCGGCUCAACAGUCUACGCUAUACUAAACCUCGUCCACAAGAUCGUCGAAGGCAAGACCAAAUUCGACGCUGGCAAUAUGUCCAACUUCGCACCCAGUUCCUUCGGCGGGAGCAGUGUUGGUGGAAGUAGCUCCGAGAGAAGUGGUCCUUCGAAGCCUAUCCGGUACAGUGGUGGACCUAGCUUCAAGGACCGUAUUGCCGAGGCUAGAUGGACUGCUGGUCGGACUCUGGGCAAAGCUAUGUUCUGGCGAAAAUAG